AUGGCGCUGUCCUGGAGGAGCUGGCUGGCCAACGAGGGGAGCAAGCACCUCUUUCUGCUUUUCUGGCUCUCUCUCAAUGUAUGGCUCUUCUGGAAAACCUUCCUGCUCUAUUAUCAAGGGCUACAGUAUUAUUAUUUGUAUCAGAUGUUAGGGCUAGGAUUGUGUGUUAGCAGAGCUUCAGCAUCUGUCCUCAAUCUCAACUGCUGCCUGGUCCUUCUACCAAUGUGCCGCGUUAUCUUGGCCUUCCUGCGAGGAUCUCAGAAGGUUGCCAGCAAGAAAACCAGAAGGCUGCUAGACAAAAGUAAAACUUUCCAUGUGACAUGUGGUGUUACAAUAUGCAUCUUUUCAGUCUUACAUGUUGCUGCUCAUCUGGUGAAUGCUCUUAACUUCUCUGAGAACUACAAUGAAGAAUUUCUGGCCCUAAAUGCAGCAAACUAUCGUGGUGAGGACCCAAGGAAACUACUUUUUGCAACUGUUCCAGGUCUGACUGGAGUCAUUAUGGUGUUAGUAUUAUUCCUAAUGUGUACAGCUUCCACAUUUGCCAUCAGGGUUUCAAACUAUGACAUCUUCUGGUAUACACACAACCUUUUCUUUGUCUUCUAUAUGCUGCUGAUGCUGCACGUUUCUGGGGGAGUGCUCAAGUACCAGACGAACUUAGAGGAACACCCUCCUGGUUGCUUUAAUCCUAACAAAACGCUCCGACAGAAUCUGACUGUGCCAAAGGCUUUUGAAGAGCUGUUUCCUGACUAUGCUACUGAGCCUUUCCCAGAAGACUUCCCAGUACCAGAACCCUUUGUACAAAAUCACUUUAUGAGAAUUUGUUCCGAGGAACCCAAGUUCCAGUCACACUUCCCAGAGACCUGGUUUUGGAUUUCUGGACCCCUGUGCUUGUACUGUGUGGAAAGGCUGUACCGCUACAUCCGCAGCAAUAAACCAGUCACAAUAACUUCAGUAAUAAGCCAUCCCUCCAAUGUCCUUGAAGUAAGGAUGAUGAAAGAUGACUUUGAAGCAAGGCCUGGUCAGUAUGUCAUUCUACACUGUCCAAGAGUGUCUGCCCUGGAAAGCCAUCCAUUCACCCUUACAAUGUGCCCUACAGAUACCAAAGCAACGUUUGGGGUCCACGUAAAAAUAGUAGGAGACUGGACAGAAAGAUUUCGGGAUUUACUGCUUCUACAUUCAAAUCAAGAUACAGAGAUUCUGCCCAUCUUUCAGCAGAGACGCUAUCCCAAACUGUAUGUGGAUGGACCUUUUGGAAGUCCCUUUGAGGAAGCCCUGAACUACGAGGUCAGUCUCUGCGUGGCUGGAGGUAUUGGAGUUACACCAUUCGCAUCAGUACUCAACACACUGCUGGACGGCUGGAAAUGCUACAAGCUCAGAAGACUCUACUUCAUUUGGGUGUGCAGGGACAUUGAAUCUUUUCGCUGGUUUGCAGAUCUGCUCUGUAUGUUGCAUAACAAGCUUUGGCAGGAGAAUCGGCCAGACUAUAUUAAUAUCCAGCUGUACCUCAGUCAAACAGAUGGAAUACAGAAAAUAAUUGGUGAAAAAUAUCAAGCUUUAAACUCCAGGCUUUUGAUUGGACGACCCCAGUGGAAACUCCUGUUUGAUGACAUAGCAAAGUGUAACAGGCGGAAGACCAUUGGAGUUUUCUGUUGUGGACCAAACAAAAUCUCUAAGAUACUUCAUAAACUGAGCAACAGCAGCAACUCUUAUGGGACAAGGUUUGAGUACAAUAAAGAAUCCUUCAGCUGAAAGUCUGUUGGACUAGCAAGACUCACCAGAAGAUAAAAGUGCAAUUUUUUCUUUUGUACAACUUAGAAGUUCAUCUGUGGUUUAAACAGAUAGAAAUGUACCAAAGUGUAGCACAGAUGUUUUUAUUUAUGAUUAUUUAAGACUGUGAAUGCAGCAGUAUACCAACAAAUAAUCAGUGCUUAUACUCAAAUGCGCUCACACAGUAUUUGUGGCAGGAGUGAUCUUUGGAGUUGUUUCUGUUAAUUAAAAAAUACAGAAGCUGGGGAGAGACAUAAUUGUUUUGAAAGCUGACGGGAGGAAGAAUCUGUGGAAUGUUUAAACUUCUUCCACUUAAAACUUCUUCCACUUCAGUCCUCUGAAGCUGGAUCAGUAAACCAAA